GACAGUACCGGCUGCGAGUACUACUGUCAUGCCCACAACUACUACACCUGAACCCACAACAACUACACCUGAUCCUACAACAACUACUCCAGAACCUACUACGACUACAGCUGAACCCACUACAACUACACCUGGACCUACAACAACUACUCCAGAAGCUACUACUACAACUCCUGAACCUACUACUACAACUCCUGAACCAACUACUACAACACCUGAACCCACAACCACUACACCUGAACAGACUACGACUACACCAGAACCCACUACAACAACACCUGAACCAACUACCACAACACCUGAACCCACUACAACUACACCUGAACCUACAACAACUACUCCAGAACCAACCACUACU